AAGCAGCUGCCAUCUGCUGGGAAGUUUGGUGAUUUGAUCAGUGUAUACGCAGUAUAUUGCAUUGCACAUAUGAUUAACAAUAUAAAACUAUAAUCACAAGAAGAAGAGAAAAAUCGUAUAAACAUGAGUAACAUUUAUAUACAAGAGCCACCCACGACGGGCAAAGUGCUACUGAAAACGACAGUCGGUGAUAUAGAUCUAGAAUUGUGGACGAAAGAAGCUCCCAAAGCUUGCAGAAACUUCAUACAACUUUGUAUGGAGGGCUAUUACAACGAUACGAUAUUUCACCGAGUUGUAAAGGGCUUCAUAGUGCAGGGUGGAGAUCCGACGGGAACAGGAGAAGGCGGUGAAAGCGUGUAUGGACAUCCUUUCAAGGAUGAAUUUCACACAAGAUUACGCUUUUGUCGGAGAGGCUUGCUCGCCAUGGCCAAUGCUGGCAAGGACGAUAACGGUUCCCAAUUUUUUUUUACCCUCGGCCCGACACCGGAAUUGCAGAAUAAGCAUACUGUCUUUGGCAAAAUCACUGGAGAAACAAUUUACAAUAUGCUGAAAUUGGAAGAAGCCCUUGUAGAUGAGAAUGAGAGACCUCAAUACCCGCAAAAAGUCUUGAAAACGGAGGUGUUAAAUAAUCCUUUCCAGGAUAUUGUGCCAAGGACAGUGUCUGAGAGAAAAGACGACAAGGACAGCAAGAAGAAUAAGAAAAGUGGUGUGAAGAAUUUCAAAUUAUUGUCAUUCGGCGAGGAAGCUGAGGAAGAUGAAGAGGAAUCGUCAGUUUUGAACAGACAAUUUACCGGCAAGGGAAAAUCGGCGCACGAUUGUUUGUCUGAUCCAAAGUUAAGUGCACAACCGGUGAUUGAGCCAGCCGAGCCACCGAGGAAGAAGCUCAAGGAGGAUCGGAGCAGCGAUUGGGAGAGCGACGAUGAAACGCGCACUCCAGAAGAGAUGGCUGCUCUGGCAAAAGAGAAAGAAGCUAUGAAGGACAGAAUCAAAAGUAAAUUGAAGGAUACUAAAAAAACGCAGCUGAAGGAAAUGAAGGACGAGAAUGAUAAAAUAAAAGACAACGAUGCAAACGAAGAUGUGGAAAUUGAGACAUAUUAUUUGGGGAAAGAUCGAGACGAGGAGCGAAAGAGAAAAGCCGAGGAGAUCCGAAAAGAAAUACGCGAUCUGAAGCACAGCAUACGAAGGGAGAAGAGAGCAAAGGAGGUGGAGGAAAAGCAACAGGUCAAGAAGGAAGAAAGUAAGAACGAGGUAAUGAAGGAGUACAUAGAGAAUCGAGAGAAAUACAAGGAAGCGAAGGCGAAAUUGCCUAAGAAAGGUAAAACGCGCGAGGCCCUCACGAUGGAACUGUUGAGCAAAUUCAAGUACAAACUCCAAAAUGCCAAGGAGCAUAAGAAAGACGAUAGCUCGCAAUCUGAUAGCAAGGAAACGUCGAAGGAUACCGAGGAGGAGGAUGACGAUCCGUCUGACGAAUCCUGGAUGGCUCACACUCUCCACUGCGAGGAGAAAGCGCCGGUGCUCGCCAAGGACGCUAGCACGAAGGACGACGAUUGGUUCGAGAUCUACGAUCCUCGAAAUCCGUUGAAUAAACGACGGAGGGGAGAAAAAGCGCAGAAAUCGCAAAAAUAUAUGUUCGUUGGUAGAUUCAGUCGAUCUGUUGACGGCGACCGAUACGCAUCACGCGGUUUACUUAAUUAUACGACGCCAGACAGGAAAAUGUCAACGACACCUUUGAGAAUAGAUACAUUUGAAAAUUAUGCUACCCGCCCACGAGAUUGGCAGUCACGAAAAUCAAAUUAUAAGAUACCUUUGAGAUUGAUGCGACUAUGUUUGCUGGGAAUGCUUCUGCCGUCCAUACUCGUUACUGCGCCACUGUAUUUACGAUAUCGUGUGUAUUCUGAGCAGGUAUAUCCAUUAACAAUAUCGGACCAAAGGCUAAUUGAUGCCAAAGUAUCCACCGUUUGGUGUCAAAGUCAAGUAAUCAAAGCGAAUACCACGUUCAACGCGUAUCUGAUGGACGCCGAGCCAGUAGUCCAAAACGAAACGGUGCCUAUUUCUAUGAUAAGACAGUUGAUUAUGGAAGAUGAUAUGAAAGAAUAUUGGGGUUUUUACCUCCUGCGAGGCAGCGUUGUCACCGUUUCUACUUGUGUAAGAUGGCCAGGUGCUUCUUUAACAAUAAUUCAUGGACACAAAAAUCUGCAUGAGUGUGCCUUCAUCGGAGAUGACAGCAGCGAGGAACUUGAAGAGCUUCUUGAAAUCGCUAACGAACAAGGAUUUCUCGAUAUGAAUGGCAGUGCACAAGCAGAACAUCCUAGUAACAUACCCGAAAAAAUGACACGUGCAGGUCAGGAUGUGUACUUUCAUCAUGAAGGCCACUCUCUUCGUUUAAACACCUCUACAUUGCCUGGAUAUUCGCAUCAGCUUGGCAGUCACGAGUUGGAUGCUCAAACGAUGCGGAAUAUACUCAGCCAGCUCCUUGCCAAGACUCUCGACACAAAGAAGAAACAAAAAGAGAAUCCGCAUCAUCAUUACGAAGCUGUCUUCAAAGAUAUCACCAAUAUCGAUAAACCACCGGCUAGAACACCGAAUCCUAAAAAUCCAGAAUCAAACAAAAUGAUAGACAGAUUUAAUCAAAGUGAAGAGACAUCAAAAACUAAUGCAAAAGAAUCUUCGUCACAGAGUCAAGAAAAAUCUAAGACCCAAAAGAAUUCCAUGUCUUCUCGUGAUUUUCAUUUACAUGUAUCCAGCACACCACGAAAGUCUAUAAAAGAGCAAGAAGAAUUUGAAACAAAACGAGUAAGCUCCGCAGAGGUAUUUGAAGAUGUCCUGGAAAAGAUCAGCUCUUUAGGAGAUCGUGGCAAAAAAAUAUUGCAAAAAUUGAUGGAUGAGAUUGACGCACGAGGCGUUGCUCGAGAUAACGCGUUAAAAAGAUUAGUAAACGAAACGAUGAACAAGACAUUAUCAAGCACAGAUAAGCAAAGGAAAAGAAGAGAUUUGACUCUUAAGAUGCUCCAUGACGAACUAAUGGAGGAAGAUGACGGCGAUGCACCUUUAGAAGAGGGUAUGUUGCAUCCAGACGGUAUUGCAGAAGAUCGAGGUACCGUCAACGAAACAACUUUAAACGACAGAAGUAAUUCUGAAUUCUGGAGUUCAUUUAGCAGUUCUGAAGAACGUUUGCUAGAAUGUAAGGGUCUCAUUCUGAAUUUACCGCUAACGCCACAUCAUUAUUGUAUACCUGGAAUGGAAAGUCGGCAUUCUAAAGCUUCUUUUGCCAACGCCGUGACAUAUAGAGUACCUUUAAACGGAUAUUACUUCUUUGUAUUCAAUUCAGAGAAUGAAGUUCAACCUAAUUACGUGAGGGUCCAAUUUGAUCUUUUAAAAACUGUCUAUAAUACUUCGAAUCCGGUGUAUGCGUGCAAGAAUACUACGAAGGAAUGCUCAUUGCCAUUUAAGAUGUUUAGUAACGAGAAAACGGUAUUAGAGUUGCCACUAAGUAACAAUAGUACGCAAUGGAACGAAGAGUAUAUCGUGAUGUCCACAUGCGAACCACGUACGGCACUUUACACUUUUUGUGUCCUCAUGGUGCCUGUAUUGAUCAUUAUCUUCGCUUUGCAAUAGAAAAUUUCUUUGUCAAUAGUAUUUUCUCAUAUUUACGUUUACUUGAUUAAGAAUAUCAUAACUGUCAUCCCAAGUUAUAUAUAGAAAUGGAAAGAUUAUUUAAAAAAUCAAUAAUUCAAUAUAUUUUUAUAAACUAUAAAUAUCAGGAAAUAUAGCUAAUAUUUUUGCAUUUGUUAUAAUGCAAAUAGUUUAUGGAAAAGUAAUUUACAAAAACGGAUGACUACAAUUAAAGUAUUGAGAAUAUGUUGAUUGCAGAUAAAAAUUGUGUGCUUUUAAAAAUAAAAUUGACUGAGGAAGAUAA